AUGGAAAUUUAUAGAUUCAUGGUUGUGAUAGUGAUUUUGACUGGAUCGUCUGCCUUUUCAGCCAUGUCACCAUUUGAAAAGAUGCACUGUGUAUUCAACUCAGCUUCAGAUGAUCCCGAGUCAUGCUUAUUAGGCAGCAAAGUCAAUGUCUGUGGUGCAAUUAAAUGCCUUAAAACCAUCGGACAGCAUUGUUCGCGUAAAUCAAACGAAUAUAAAAUUAAAGGAAAUGAGUGUGCAAAGGAUCUGAUUUGUGAUUGUGAUCAAAAGUGUAGCGGAUGUAUAAAUGUGAAUGGAGAGCAGAAGUGUCGAUUGUCGGAGAAUUGUAUGCCUGGUGUGAUGGGAAAGAGAAGUCAAAUGACGGAGAAUUUUGACUAUCCGAGUGCUGGACAUGACAGAAUGGUCGCUGUUUACUCUUAA